AUGGCUCCAAACAAACCCCCUCGAGCUACCAAAGCUGCCCCUCCGGCAUCGGAGAAGCUUCCCGAAAGGACGUUCAUCAUCGACAAUGGGGGGUAUAGCUUGAAAGCUGGAUAUAGCUCGACCACCAGCUCCGAUCCCCUGGCCUCGUGCGUGGUCGUCCCAAAUGCACUUGCAAAAACACGAGAUAAUCAGAUAUAUACAGGUUUAGAGCUUGAAACCCACAUAUCAGACUGGAAUGAGGUCAGCUUUCGCCGUCCGGUCGAGAAGGGAUACUUGGUCAAUUGGGAAGCUCAACGGGAGAUAUGGGAACAUACAUUCUUUGAUGAGAAGACGGCUCGUAGACCGGAUAUACAAUGUUCAGAUUUCCUUGGGACAACCUUGAUAUUAACUGAGGCUCCAAACGCCUUGAGCAGUUUGCAAAAGAAUAUGGACGAGAUGAUAAUGGAAGAAUGGGGGUUUGGCGGAUAUGUACGAUACCUUGCUCCCUGUCUCAAUGCCUGGAAUGAUGUCCGAUCCCUCUUUGGAGACCCACCUAGCCAGGAUACGAAUUUACCAAACCUACCAGUUGAGUGUAUGUUAGUUGUCGACUCGGGUUAUUCUCAGACGACUGUAACUCCCGUGUACCAAGGGCGCCCAAUCCAACGAGCGAUAAGGAGACUUGAACUUGGUGGGAAGCAUCUUACAAACUAUCUGAAGGAAUUGGUUUCGAUUCGACAGUAUAAUAUGUUGGAUGAAACGCAUAUUGUCAACAGCGUUAAAGAAGCAGUUUGCUAUGUCAGCCAGGAUUUCAACACGGAUAUGGAAAAGACGUGGAAAGGACGAAAAGGGGGCCCCACCGACAUAGUGGUUGAUUAUGUGCUACCAGACCCAAAUGCACACAAAAAGGGGUUUAUGCGACCGCACGAUAGCCUAUUGGCUGCUGAGAAAAGGAAAGGACUCAUUACCGGAGUUAAUCCAUCCGCAGCGGAGGACGUUCUUGUUCUAGGGAAUGAGCGGUUUACGGUGCCGGAGAUACUGUUCAAUCCCCAGGAUAUUGGGCUCCAACAGCCGGGGAUACCUGACAUGAUAAUUCAAUGCUUGUCUGUUAUUCCCACAGGCCUUCACCCAUCAUUCCUGGCCAAUAUCUUUGUUGUUGGGGGAAAUGCAUUGAUUCCAGGGUUUAUAGAACGAUUGUAA